AGUCUAGUCAAAAAAAUUGAACCAUUAAUGGAGUCUGCACCUUCGAUGGCUCUUUUCAUUUCCUCACUCUGAUUCCCUUUAAAAUAUUUUCCUAGAAAAUCUCCAUUUGUGUUUCCCUCUACUCCUUUUAAUCCCCUUUCUCACUUCUCAAACACUCAUAUAUUCAAAGUCUCCUCCUCCUCCUCUCUUCUUGUACAUAAAGACUCCAGAACCCCAAAAAUUCAGGAAGAAAACAGAGAUGGGAUUUGCAAAGGAAGAAAAAUCAAUCAGAGUGCUGAGAUUUUUAAAGACUCUGUUCUUCUUGAUUACAAUGUUGAUUUCUUUUCUCCUUUUCUCUGUUCCUGUUCUUCUUGCCAUAGCUGAUACUCUUCUUCCAUUUUCUCUUCUCUCUGCUUCUCUUUCCCCUUCUUCUUUAUCAUUCAAAACUCUCUCUUCCCAUCUCAAUAACUAUGAUUUCAGAUACUCUCUCAUUGAUAUUCCCCUCAUAUCCAUCACAAGAUCAGCAGUCAUCAUCUGUGUUUAUAGUUUCUGUGAUGGGCCAAGGCUUUCAAGAGGGCCAUAUUUAGGGAUUACAACCAUAUGCUCUGUUUUAUCUCUGAUCUAUGUUUCAUUGAAAGCUCCAUAUGUGUUUAGUGUUUCAAGCUUUGAAAGAGGAGAGUAUGCAAAAUUCAUGGAGAUUUGCUUGUUUCUUAGCUCAUGGGUCUUGGCAAUUGCUCAUAUUGUUGCAGCUUAUAGAACAAGUUGCAGAGAAAGGAGAAAGCUUCUGGUUUACAAAAUUGACAUUGAAGCUGUUUCUGCUUGCAAGAACGGGUUUCUUGGAUAUAAAAAAAUUUCAAAAGAAGAGAGUCAAGUGAAAGUGAAGAUGAAGAACUAACAACAUUAGAGAGAUUUUCUUUUGUUCUUUUUAUUUUUCAUCGUUACUACUUCAGAGUCCAGUUGCAGGUUUUCCAAAGGAAACUUGCAAGCUAGAGAUUAACUGAAGAAGAAAAUUAGGGUUAGAGAGUAGAGUGUAGAAUAGAUAUUUGCCAUACCCAUGUGUCACUUUAAUAGCAAUUGUAUACUGAUGGUUUUUGUAUCACUAUAGAGCUUGUGGCUUGAGCAUACAUCUUUUUUUUUUCAAGAAAAAAAAUCUAACAUGUACAGAUUUUGUAUUUUCAAUGAAAAAUGUUUAGAGGGUGAUUAUUAUACCCUUGUUAUGAAA